CGUUGGCAAAGGUCAUGUGACUGAAUGUGCUGCUGUGAUUGGCUGCCAGGGACGUCAUAUUGAAGCUGUGCAAAGGCAAACUCAUCUAUUAUUGCUGUGUCACCAAGGUUGAACAAUGCUAUUGAAUAAGAUACUUCGGGUCGGAGCGCGCAGCGGUGUCCGGCUGCAGAGCUCCGGUGCGGCGGCAGCCAGCGUCAAAACUUCCGGCGACCACACGGUGGCGAACGGCUUCUCGUUUGAGCUGACAGAUCAACAGCGUGAGUUCCAGCAGCUGGCGCGAAAGUUUGCAUGUGAAGAAAUCAUCCCCCAGGCUGCAGAUUAUGACAAAAGUGGAGAGUAUCCAAUGCCUAUCAUCAAGAAAGCAUGGGAGCUAGGACUGAUGAAUAGCCACAUUGCAGAGGACUAUGGUGGCAUGGGCUUGUCUAUUUUUGACAGCUGCCUCAUCACUGAGGAGCUGGCCUACGGCUGCACAGGCGUGCAAACAGCCAUCGAGGCCAACUCUCUGGGACAAAUGCCCGUUAUUAUUGCUGGCAACGAUGCACAGAAGAAGAAAUACCUAGGAAGGAUGACCGAGGAGCCUCUCAUGUGUGCGUACUGUGUCACUGAGCCGGGUGCUGGCUCCGAUGUCGCGAGUGUCAAGACUCGGGCUGUGAGGAAGGGCGACGAGUAUGUGGUCAAUGGCCAGAAGAUGUGGAUCACCAAUGGGGGCAAAGCUAACUGGUACUUCCUCCUGGCUCGCACUGACCCAGACCCUAAAUGUCCCACCAACAAGGCUUUUACCGGUUUCAUUGUGGAUGCAGAUACCCCUGGAGUCCAAGCGGGGAGAAAGGAAAUGAACAUGGGCCAGAGGUGCUCUGACACCAGAGGCAUCACAUUUGAGGACGUCAGGAUUCCGAAGGAGAAUGUCCUCCUCGGCGAGGGAGCAGGAUUCAAGAUCGCUAUGGGUGCCUUUGACAAGACCCGGCCACCGGUGGCAGCAGGAGCCACUGGCCUGGCUCAGAGGGCCCUUGAUGAAGCCACCGCUUAUGCUCUGGAGAGGAAGACUUUUGGCAAACUGAUUGCUGAGCACCAGGCCAUCUCCUUCCUGCUGGCGGAAAUGGCGAUGAAGGUGGAGCUGGCCCGCAUGGCGUACCAGCGGGCCGCCUGGGAAGUGGACCGCGGCCGCAGGAACACCUACUACGCCUCCAUCGCCAAGGCCUUCGCUGGUGACAUUGCCAACCAGGUGGCCUCGGACGCUGUGCAGAUAUUCGGAGGAAAUGGCUUCAACAGUGACUACCCCGUGGAGAAGCUGAUGAGGGAUGCCAAGAUCUACCAGAUCUAUGAAGGCACAGCUCAAAUCCAAAGAUUGAUUAUUUCCCGGGAGCACCUGGCAAAGGCCAAGAAAUGAACAUCUGUAAUGAUCGGUCUGUUUAUAAAUAGGUAAAAGUCAUCAAUUAGUUGCAUACGUUUGGUCUUGUCGUCACCCACCUGCCUUGCUAAGUCUCAAGUGUAAAUCAGUUUGUUCAGACAUUCAGCCGCAAUUGCCUUAAGCUGUGAUGAUUAAGUGCAGUUGGUUUAAAAUGCUCAUGACACCAAAACAAAUGUUAGUCUCGGAUGAAUUUCUGUUUGUUUUAGGGUCGUCUUUGAUCGCAGCGUCACUACGAAUUUUAGAAGAAUAUGGCUUUUCAUGCCAAAUUGCUUGCCAAACAAGUACAGUCACUUGUUUUCAGCUCCAUGCAGUGUGUUGUACGUAGAGCUAACUGAUAGCUGUGGCUAUCACUGCCAGUAAAACAUACUCUUCACAACACAAUAUUGGUGAAUAUUUCACUUUCGUUAAAUGCGUUCAUGGUUGUGUUUGCACUUGGUUGCCUGCGUCACCCGUAAGUGUGUUCUCGACGUGGAUUGCUAGCCAAACAUGGAUUGCUGUCACUCGUCUUUCUAGCCUAUCUUGCAGUUGGUCUGUCAGUUUAUAGAUGAUAUAUAGAUGGUCUUUUUAUUUUGCAGUGUGCAUUGAGUCAGUGUCACAUACUGACGGUAAUAAAAAUAAAUCAAAUUGUGACCAUUUUUUUGUUUCUUUGCUUUACCUCAACUUCAUGGCUGCAUGUGAUUUUAAAUCUGGUUCUCGGAAUGUGUUCUGGUCAUAACGUCACAGCCAAGAUGGCGUUGUUUCAGAAAACUCGCUGGGGGUUUCACCACAAAUCAUCACUUUUUUUUUCUUUUUUUUGUGUGUCAUGAGCACUUAAAGGAAUGGAUUACUCAAGUCUACUCUUGGCACUGUUUGUUAAUCAAAUUCUGCUUGUUUGCUAAUACUAUACCAUUCCUGAUAUUUCAGGUAAUCUGUAAAGUUCCACCAUAACAUAUUUUGCAUUCUAUUGGGCACUUAGUCAUGUAAGUGUCAGUUUAUGAAAUAAACACCUGUACAAAUGA